AUGCCCUCCGCCAUCGCGGCCUCCGACCUCUCGACGAACCUGAGCGACACGGAUGACUGCGGCACGGUCGCCCCCGAACUCUUUCACAACCUCAAACACGACAGCUCUGUCCUCUGUCUUGCUGUCAGCGCCGAGCAGGAGCGGAUAUACGCCGGCACGCAGGAUGGCGAGAUUGUCGUGUGGUCGCUGGCCACCUUCCACCAGGAGCGAAUCGUGCAGGCGCACAAGCGCAGCGUCCUGAGCCUGUACCUGACACCCGACGGCUCGAUGCUGUUCUCGAGCGCCGGCGACCCCCUGAUCAACGUGUGGUGCCCGAAGACGAUGAAGCGCCUGCACGAGAUCUACAGCACCUACGACGUCGGCGACAUCUUCUCCGUCGCCUACAGCGCGCAGCACGAGACGGUCUACGUCGGCGCCCAGAACACCUCCAUACAAUGGGUCAGCUUGUCCGACCCGAACAACAGGGUGCCUCACGACUCGUCACAGCACCCCGACCGGAGGAAUCACAGGUUUUUCGACUCGAGGGCUGCAGGAGGAUCAACGACGCCGCGUCGUACCGACGAGCGGUGGACCCAGAUUCCUAGGUCGGAGAAGGUCGUCGAGAUUCACCCGGGAGCGCUGCAGAUGUUUGCGCACUACGGCUACGUAUACUCGAUGCUGAUGGCGAAAGGCCCGACGGUCCUGGUGGAGCCUGACGAAGAGGUUUUGAUCUCCGGAGGUGGCGACGGAACGAUUAAGCUGUGGAAGCUCGGCGCCGAGGGAGACAAGCAAGCUGAGGAGAGCGACCGGGAGCCGGGUCUCCAGGAGCUGAUGUCGCUUGGAUCUGAUGAUGCGGAGUCGGUCAUGUCUUUGGCCAUCGACGGCUCGUUUCUCUAUGCAGGAAAACUGCAGGGCAUUAUCGAGCUGUGGGACCUUGACACCAAGUCCAAGUUGAGGGUGAUCAAGAGCCACAAGGGCGACAUCAUGACCCUGCAAAUGAACUGGGGGUAUCUCUUCAGUGCUUCCAGAUCGGGAUCCGCAAGUAAACACUCCACUGUUCACUACGGCAAAUACAAAGAUACCCAGACCGCAAACAUCAGCCAAAAGUACCAGUGCAUAGCUCGCUGGAAGGCCCAUGAGGGCAAAGUUCUCGCAUCAGCAGUAACAACGUACAACAACCGGCAAUACUACAUUACAGGCGCCAAUGAUAACGACGUAGCCAUUUGGAACAUCGACUGUUCAUCAUACGAGCAACAGCAAGACGUGGAUGAGGCAGACGACGUCAUGGUCAAAUCAUUGGGAGAAUUCGUCUCGUAUCGCACCGUCUCCUCGCGACCCGAAUUCGCAGAAGACUGCCGAAAAGGAGCGACUUUCCUUGGCUCCCUGUUCAAGCGCCUGGGUGGUCAGGUCGAGAUGCUGAGCACGGAAAGCAGUCCCCACAACCCAGUCGUCCUCGCCAAAUUCAACGGCAAGCUCGAGCCAGCUGAGAAGCGGAAGAGAAUAUUAUUCUACGGUCAUUACGAUGUCGUGCCGGCAGACAAUAAGAAGGGCAAGUGGGAAACCGACCCGUUCCAAAUGAAAGGCAUCAACGGCUAUCUCCACGGCAGAGGUGUCAGUGACAACAAGGGUCCUAUCAUGGCCGCCCUGUAUGCCGUCACGGAUCUUCUCCAAGCAAAGAAGCUCGCCAACGACAUUAUUUUCCUCAUUGAGGGCGAAGAAGAGUCCGCCUCUCGCGGCUUCAGAGAGAUUGUCCGCAAGAACAAGGACCUCAUCGGUGACGUCGACUAUAUCCUACUAGCCAACAGCUAUUGGCUUGACGACGAGGUUCCUUGCCUCACCUACGGGCUGCGUGGUGUUCUCCACGCCACAGUCUGCGUCGACUCUCACCUACCUGAUCUCCACUCCGGCGUUGACGGUUCAUACAUGAACAACGAACCCCUUUCCGACCUUACGUCCACACUAUCCAAACUCAAGGGUCCUGGAAACAAGGUUCUCAUCCCCGGCUUCUACGAAAGCAUCUUACCAGUGACUGCCGAAGAAGAAACCCGCUACGAUGAGAUCGCGUCGACUCUAAUGCGCCAGAACCCUGAAAAGGGUCCUGAGGAUAAGCUCAAGACGGCGCUGAUGGCCCGCUGGAGAGAGCCUAACCUGACCAUCCAUCGCUACAAGGUGUCUGGCCCGGACGGCAGUCUGGUCAGUAGCCACGCAAGCGCAAGUAUCAGCUUGCGUCUGGUGCCUGGUCAAGAAGUCAACGAUGUCAUUGCCUCCCUGAACACCUAUCUAGAGUCUGAAUUUGGACUACUCGAGUCCAAGAACUCGCUGUCCAUCAAGAUCGAUAACAAGGCCGAACCCUGGCUCGGCGACCCCAGCAACGAGAUCUUCCAAGCACUCGAAGAAGCCAUCGUAAAGGCCUGGGGUGAUGUUUUCGACACCGGCGAUGCCAACAACGGAGAAGAAACAUCGCAAGAGAAGAAGAAGGCACAGAGGCCAAAGAAGCCGCUGUACAUCCGCGAGGGUGGCUCCAUCCCCGCCAUCCGCUUCCUCGAGAAGGAGUUCGGCGCCCCGGCUGCCCAUCUGCCCUGCGGCCAGUCCAGCGAUGGCGGUCACUUGGACAAUGAGCGAUUAAGGGUGAUCAACCUUCUGAAAAGCAGGGAAAUCAUUGGUUCUGUCUUUGCGCGCUUGUAG